AUAAUUUAUGAAUGAGAAUCGAGACAAUGACCAAACACUGAAACUGCCAAUAGCAUGGAACUUAACAAAGACUGCAUGAUGCUCAUUGGCCCAUCUCACUGAGUCUCAGAUUUCACCAAAUUGCAUCCUAUCAUAAACAGGACACACAUGCAGGAUGUUUUAUUUUCAAUGUGGUUGAUGGUAUCAUAUGAAGGGAAUAUGGGGUAAAGGUGAGUGUCAGAUGACUACAGCUUCAGGAAUGCAUGAUGCCACAAUUGCAUGUGUCUAAUUUUGACAUGUCCCAACAUGUUUCCCCAGAUUACAUUCAUUCAACCACCAGGGGUUUCGGUUAUGUCUUAUUUGAUUAGGAAAUGUCUGCUCAUCAGACAUGCACAUUUGGGUGCUUUAAAAAAAACAUUUUAAGUGUAUGUAUAUUCAAAUGUUCCCAAUAAAAGUUUUAAAUGUUCUAGAGCGGAUGAAGGACAUUUAGAUUGAAUUACCAUUUACUCACCCUACAAACACUCCUCUACACCCACACAUCCACCCACACGUCCAUCCAUCCCACACAUAAUUCACAUCUCAUAAAAGCAUCCUCAUGACACACACUUGUGUUUAUUUGGUUUUGUGGGUGUUGCCUUGUGAAUUAAUGCUUAAGUACCUUGAUCUUUAUACCCAGAGAUUGUACAGUGCAGUUUUGCACAUGCCUGUACACAAAACAGUGUCCAGGUUAUGGUUUGGUGAGGCAAAGUGAAGUCGACCAACCGCAGUGGAUGGGAGGGUCCUCAGCAGCAGCCACGUCGCGAGCUAACAACGUUAGCUGUGCAGCGAACGUCACAAUGGACUUGCCACAUCAGGGGUAUAGACCAACUAAACCGAGGGCUCGUGCAGCUCCCCCCACAGCUGAUUCUAUCCUAUUUGAUGACACCAGCUCUGUAGCACCAGCAAUGAACAAUCAAGGCUACUACACUCCUGGGUACAAUAUGGCAGGACCCUCAAAUGACAUGCAAGGAGGUGCUGUGCCGAACAACAUGUUUGCUGACCCAAUGGCCAAUGCUGCAAUGGUAUACGGCUCCUCAUUAGCCAACCAAGGAAAAGAUAUGGUGAACAAAGAGAUUAGCAGAUUCAUGUCUGUGAACAAGCUGAAAUACUUCUUUGCAGUUGACACCAAAUAUGUAUUGAAGAAACUCAUGAUCCUCAUGUUCCCUUACACGCAUCAGGAUUGGGAAGUUCGUUACCAUAGGGACACUCCACUGACUCCAAGACAGGAUGUAAAUGCACCAGAUCUUUACAUACCAACGAUGGCUUUCAUCACCUACAUUUUACUAGCUGGAAUGGCCCUCGGCAUUCAAAAACGGUUCAGUCCAGAGGUCCUUGGACUGUGUGCCAGCACCGCCCUCGUGUGGGUCAUCAUCGAGGUCUUGGUGAUGUUGUUGAGUUUGUACCUGCUGACGGUACACAGCGACCUCUCGACCUUUGAUCUCAUUGCCUACAGUGGAUACAAAUAUGUUGGGAUGAUCUUCACAGUGUUGUGUGGCUUAUUGUUCGGCAGUGACGGAUAUUAUGUGGCACUUGCGUGGUCCUCUUGCGCCCUUAUGUUCUUCAUUGUCCGAUCUCUGAAAAUGAAAAUCCUUCCCUCUCUCUCUUCGGACUCCAUUGGAACUGGAUCAAGUGCCAAACCCCAAUUUCGCCUUUAUAUCACUGUGGCGACUGCAGUGUUUCAGCCAGUCGUUAUAUAUUGGUUAACCUCUCAUUUGGUCAGGUGACCGUGAUGCAGUUAAUAACUUCAAGUCCAAUCUUAUUGGAGCGAAAACAUUUUGUUGAGUGUUUGUACACCUGCCUUUAUACACUUGGUUGUCAGUAAACUCCAAACAUAUGUAGACGUUGUUGAACUGCAGCGCGUGUUGAGGUUAUUAAUGAAAUGUUUCACUGAUUUAACCACAAAGUGUGACACAGAAAAUGUCUCAUGUACAGUAACUCUGGCAAAUGCUUAUUUUUGGCCACCUAACUUUGAAGACAAGGGCUUUCUUUGUGAGAUCUAUUUAAUCAUAACUUUGAUUCAGUUUAAAUGUCCUUUUUAUAUAAUGUCCCUGGACCUGCUUUACAGUAUUUCACCCCACAGUACACACACACCACGCAGACAUAAAACACACAUUACACACAUGAUUCAAGUACAAUUUUUCUGGUAUAGUGGGUAUGUUGCUGCAUUAUCCCCCUUUAUCUUGUGAGUCUUGGAUCGUAUUUACCUACAUUUGACAAAGCAUGUUUUGAUUUUUUUUUUAGAAAAUAAAUAAAUAUAUUUAGCUUUGUGUAUUCAAUUUUAACCGUUUUCUGCAAAUAGAAAAAAUAGUCAUGAUGCUGCAUUAGAACUGCUUUUGAUACUUUAAAGUACUACUUAUUUUAGUACAAAGCCUGAAUAUUUAUUUCACUACUGGUAUUUUGGUAACCGUUUCCUUCUUAACUUUUGUGCAUCACUUUAAAAAGUGUCUCUGUCCGUGUUAAAAACUAUUCUAGCCAUCAAGUUAUUUACCUUUUCCACUUUCAAUCAUUAAACCAACUUCAAUCCUGA